AUGGAGACAAGAAAUUACUCUGCCGUGACUGAAUUUUUUCUGGUGGGGCUUUCCCAAUAUCCAAAGCUCCAGCUUUUUCUGUUCCUGCUCUGCCUCAUCAUGUAUGUGAUAAUCCUCCUGGGAAAUAGCCUUCUCAUUAUCAUCAGCAUCCUGGAUUCUCGCCUCCAUACCCCUAUGUAUUUCUUUCUUGGAAACCUCUCAUUCCUGGACAUCUGUUACACAUCAUCAUCCAUUCCUCCAAUGCUUAUUAUAUUUAUAUCUGAGACAAAAUCUAUCUCCUUCAUUGGCUGUGCUCUGCAGAUGGUUGUGUCCCUUGGCUUGGGCUCCACUGAGUGUGUCCUCCUGGCUGUGAUGGCCUAUGACCGGUAUGUGGCCAUCUGCAACCCACUGAGGUACUCCAUCAUCAUGAACAGAGUGCUGUAUGUGCAAAUGGCUGCAUGGUCCUGGAUCAUAGGCUGUCUGAACUCCUUAGUGCAGACAGUCCUGACAAUGGUGUUGCCUUUCUGUGGGAAUAAUAUCAUUGAUCAUCUUACUUGUGAGAUCUUGGCUCUUCUUAAAGUCAUAUGCUCAGAUAUCUCCAUGAAUGUGUUUAUAAUGACAGUGGCAAAUAUUCUUUUAUUGGUGAUUCCUCUUCUGUUAAUUUUUUUCUCCUAUGUGUUUAUUCUCUCUUCCAUCUUGAGAAUUAAUUCUGCUGAGGGAAGAAAGAAAGCCUUUUCUACAUGUUCAGCGCACUUGACUGUGGUCAUCUUAUUCUAUGGCUCAGCCCUUUUCAUGUACAUGAAGCCCAAAUCAAAGUACACAAAAGCAUCUGAUGAAAUCAUUGGAUUGUCUUAUGGAGUGAUCACCCCAAUGUUGAACCCCAUCAUCUACAGCCUGAGGAAUAAAGAGGUAAAAGAAGCUGUGAAGAAAAUCCUCAGCAGACACUUGCAUCUAUGGAAUAUAUGAAAGGCAUUGAGGCACGUGAUGUUCUAAACAAGGGAUCAGAUCAGGUGUUUUGUAUUCACAGAUAAAGUCACAGAAUCUGA